AUGAGUUUGGGUCAUUAUGAUAAUGACGAUGACGAUAAUUAUUAUCUAUCGAAUUUUAAUGAAGAAGACGGUGCGGUAAGGAAUGGCAACAAUGGUACCGGGGUCAGUAGGUUAAACUCAACAAGAAAUAGAAAUAGAAAUAGAAAUUCUUUACUCAGUAACCAUUCUAAUGGUAAUGGAAGAAUGAACUCUUUCCGUUUGCCAGCAAGAAAUAAUUCGUUAAUUAGACCAGAAAGAAGAAGAAGUCAUAAUUCAAAAGAAAAUAAUCCAAAUUAUCACUCAUUGCAAAAAAAAUUGCAAUUACAAUCGCAUAACCGUAAUAAUUAUAUAGAAAUUAAUAAUGAUAUUCCAGUCUAUACAAACACAGAUCCUGCGAAUAAUAGAUUCAGUAUCACUAGUAAUAUUUAUGAAAUGGAUGAAUUAAAUAUUCAAAAUGACGGACAUGCAAUUGAUGACGAUGAUUUAAACAACACUGUAGAUGAUGAUAAUUAUAAUAACACAAGGAAUCGUAAUAGUGUCAGGAAUUUCGAUGAUAAAUCAGAAAAUACAAAAAAUGAUUAUAUUCAAUUUCAUGACCAAGAGGUUGAUGAUGAUUUUGACACUAUAUUGAAUGGUAAUGAUGAUACUGAUGCUUUAUUAAAUAAAGAAACGUAUACUUUCAAAAGGAAGAAAAAUUUUAGUCUUUGGGAAUUAUAUUAUACUGUUCUAACAUUUUGGGCUCCAGCUCCAUUAUUAGCAUUGUUUGGUUUAAAGAGUUUAGAUAGACAGACGGCUUGGAGAGAUAAAAUAGCUUUGAUUUCAAUUAUUUUCUAUCUGGCUGCAAUCAUUGGUUUCAUUAUUUAUGGUUGCUCGAAAACAAUUUGUAAAACACAAGCUUUGCGUUUUAAAAAUGAUGAAGUUUCUUUAAAUUAUUUAAUUAUAAAUGGUAAAGCCUAUAAUUUAGAAAGGUCAUCACAUCCGGGUGUAGCAGGCAUUGAUGCAGGCACAAAUGUGUUAUAUCCACCAAUUAAUGCAGGAGGUAUGGAUGCGACGUUUUUAUUCCAAAAUGUAAAUGGUAAUUGCCAUAAUUUAAUUACUGCAUUGGAUAAUUCAACUAUUCCAACAGAUGAUGAUGGUAAUAUGGCUUGGUAUUUCCCUUGUAAAUUAAGAAACCCAGAUGGUUCAACACAAGUGAAUUUCACUGAAUCCGAAUAUUAUAGUGGCUGGGCAUGUCAUACUUCGGAAACCGCUAGAGAAUCAUUCUAUGAGCUAGAUAGUACAGCGGACAUUUACUUCACCUGGGAUGAUAUUAGAAAUUCAACAAGAAAUUUAGUGGUCUAUAAUGGACAUGUGUUAGAUUUAGAUUUGAUUAAUUGGUUCGAUAGAGAUCAACUUGAAUACCCUGUUUUAUUUGAUGAUUUAAAAAAUUGGAAUUUACAAGGUUAUGAUUUAUCAGUUUUAUUAACAACUUCACAUGAAAAAAAAAUUGGUAGAUGUUUAACAGAAAUUAUAAAAGUCGGCGAGAUUGAUAGCAAAACUAUUGGUUGCAUUGCAUCUGAUAUAAUCUUAUAUUUAUCAUUGAUAUUCAUUUUAUCAGUUGUUAUCUUUAAAUUUAUUGUAGCUUGUUAUUUCCGUUGGUUUAUUGCUAAAACCCAAGGUGCAUUCGAAACUGAUAAUAGAACAAUGGAUGAGCAUACUAAUCAGAUUGAAGAUUGGUCUGAAAAUAUAUAUUCUCAAGGUCCAGUGAAAAGUGUAGCAACUACAAUGAGGAGUAGAAGCAAAUCAAUAUCUGAUCAAUUAAACAAAAAUAAUAAAAAAACAUUUUUCUAUUCAGAUGAUGGGAGUCAAGAUAUUGAAAAUAAUUAUGGGGAAUUCAAUGAUAAUGAUCCAAUCAAGUAUGGUUCUAUAAAUGGUAUGGUCACUAUGAGUACACAGCAAUUAAGCUUAGGUGAUGUUGAUGAAGAGAUUAUUGAACUUCAAUCAGCAACAUUUUGUAACAGCAAGAAAAAUCAACUAUCCCAAUUUAAGUAUCGAAAUAAGAAGGAAAGUUUAUCCACUCAAUCAUUACUCUUAAGUGAAACCACCAUGUCUCCAGCGCCAGGUAUCAAAAACAAUGUUAGCAAUGUUGAUACUUUAGAUCCAUCAAAUAUUCAUCCAGAUAUUGUACAACAGCCACCAAUUGAUUUUAUGCCUUAUAACUUCCCUUUUAUUCAUGCAAUUUGUUUUGUCACUUGCUACUCAGAAGGUGAAGAUAGUAUAAGAACUACCUUGGAUUCUAUUGCUACAACAGAUUAUCCAAAUUCUCAUAAAUUAAUUAUGGUUGUUUGUGACGGUUUGAUUAAAGGGUCAGGUAAUGAUGUGUCUACUCCCGAUAUUACAUUAGGUAUGAUGAAAGAUUUUGUUGUGGAGCCAAAAAAUGUGGAAGCACAUUCAUAUGUUGCAGUCGCAGCAGGUAAAAAGAGACACAAUAUGGCUAAGGUUUACGCGGGCUUUUAUAAUUAUGAUGAUGACACAGUUCCAAUUGAAAAACAGCAACAAGUUCCAAUGAUUACUAUUGUCAAAUGUGGUACACCAGAAGAACAAGUUUCCGCAAAACCUGGUAAUAGAGGUAAACGUGAUUCCCAAAUUAUUUUGAUGUCUUUCUUACAAAAAAUUACUUUUGAUGAAAGAAUGUCUCAGUUAGAAUAUCAAAUAUUAAGUAAUAUAUGGCAGAUAACUGGUUUAAUGGCAAGUUUCUAUGAAUGUGUAUUAAUGGUAGAUGCAGAUACAAAAGUAUUCCCAGAUUCAUUGACACAUAUGGUUGCUGAAUUAGUAAGGGAUCCGAAUAUAUCUGGAUUAUGUGGUGAAACUAAAAUUGCUAAUAAAUCAGAUACUUGGAUAACAGCUAUUCAAGUAUUUGAAUAUUUUAUAUCGCAUCAUUUAUCAAAAGCUUUUGAAUCAGUUUUUGGUUCAGUUACAUGUUUGCCAGGCUGUUUUUCUAUUUAUCGUAUUAAGAGUCCAAAAGGUCAUGAUGGGUACUGGGUACCUAUUUUAGCAAAUCCUGAUAUUGUCGAACGUUAUUCUGAUAACGUUACUGAUACAUUGCAUAAAAAAAACCUGUUAUUAUUAGGUGAAGAUAGAUAUUUAUCCUCGUUAAUGUUAGGGACAUUUCCUAAAAAGAAACAGAUUUUUGUCCGAAAAGCUGCCUGUAAAACUGUUGUACCAGACACGUUUAAAGUUCUUUUAUCGCAACGUCGUCGUUGGAUUAAUUCAACUAUUCAUAAUUUGUUUGAGUUAGUCUUGAUAAAGGAUUUAUGUGGUGUUUUCUGUUUCUCAAUGCAAUUUGUAAUUGGUAUGGAAUUGAUAGGGACAUUAGUUCUUCCAUUAGCAUUAGCAUCGACACUAUAUGUAAUUUUCUAUGCAAUUGCUUCCCAGACGGCUCCUAUUGUGACAUUGGUUUUGUUAGCCAUCAUCCUAGGUCUACCCGGUGUUUUAGUGGUACUCACUGCUACUAAAGCGAUAUAUUUAAUGUGGAUGCUAAUUUACCUUUUCGCUUUGCCUGUCUGGACUUUUGUACUACCUAUAUAUGCAUUUUGGAAAUUUGACGACUUUAGUUGGGGUGAGACAAGAACUAUUAGUGGUGGAGAAGGUGCUGAAGAGGCUGAUGAAGGUCAAUUUGAUUCUUCUAACAUCAAAAUGAGAACUUGGAGAGAAUUUGAAAGGUCAGAAAAGAGGGAGAGAGGUGAGCUUUAA